AAUUGUAUUAGAGCAUAUUAGAGGCGCAGCAACAUGGCCGGUGAUAAGACAACUUCGAAUUCACAAAAUGUUGGAAACGGAGAAAAAGUUAAUGAUAAUGGUGAUUCGAAUCUAUACGUCGACCUGGAAGAUGAGUUUUCUGAUGUUACUGAGCAUGUACCAUGUCCAGAGUUCCAGUUUUUGACAACAACUUGUUAUAUUUGCAAUGGAUAUUAUGGACCUUGUUUCGAAGAACCAGUUUGUGCCACAUGCCAUGCAUUCUUAUUUCCUGAUGACAUAGGAUUACUACAAGUACCAAUCUUUAGUGAGAAAACAGAUGACGAAGAUUCGGGGAAUGAUGAACCUACAGAUUUAUUUUAUAAUGCAGAACGACGGACCAGUCAACAGCAACAAAAUUCUCCACAGAAUCCAAACUCUGUAGUUCCAAAUAUACAAAAUUACCCAAACCAAAAUGGACAUCCUUACGUACCAGUUCAAAAUUCUUCUGCAUUGCGGGAUUAUCCAAUACCCCAAGACAAUGCAAAUCUCAACCGCACAAGACAGGAACCCACUGGAAUUCCACAAAAUAUUCGCAGUUCUAAUGCUGUACAUGCUGAUCACGAAAAUGCAUCAAACAAUUAUAUAAAUGACCGUUCACGAAAUCUAAAUCAACAAAAUCCAAACCAUCAACUCCACGACCCCGUAGAAGAAGAUCUGCUCUCACCGGAAGAGGCAGUACCACCAGGUGAUGGAAAUGAUUUCGAAAAUCCAGAUCAAUAUCAUCGUUAUCCUUGGAACUGUCGAGUAUAUGGAGAUGUUGGUGAACCAUCCAGGCCUCGAAGUUUAUCAGAACGAUUAGAACUACUUACAAAUCACAAACACAUAGAACAUGAGCCUGUGAAUGAACCGGGUCUUGUAGAAACAUUACCACCAGAAGUUCUUCUAGCCGUAUUUUCACAUCUAGAUGACGUGAGUCUCUGGUCAGCAGCCAACGUGUGUCGAAGGUGGUGUGGAUUAUUAUCCACACACUUAACUCCUCACCAAUGGGAACAUCACGUAAAACUACGAUGGCCUUUAUUCAGACAUAUUGGUCACGUGGGUGACUGGUACAAGGUAUACGAUUAUCUAGCAUCCUCAGCACCCUGUAGAACAUGCUUAGCCCAGACUUCAUUGCGUACACGACGACCCAGAAUAGAAGAAAAUUCUUGGAGAAAAAAUCGAUUGCGUAAUGAAUUGAAGACCUUAAGAAUUGAUCCUCCAGAGGGUAUCGAAGCCACCCCCUUGGACAAGAUGUGUUAUCAAUGGCAAGCUACAAUUACAGGACCUGUAGGCAGUCCAUACGAAGGUGGACUAUUUUAUCUAUAUCUCCAAGUACCCUACAGUUAUCCCAUGAGCCCACCAGUUGUACGAUUUCUCACAAAAAUACUGCAUCCAAAUGUCUCGAGACACGGCGAUGUCGGUAUUGAUUCCAUUCAUCAUAACUGGUCUCUAGCACUUACAAUAUCGAAGGUCCUUAUUAGUGUACAGAGUCUACUUACAGAUCCUUAUUGCCAAGUAUGUAUGGAACCAGAAUUGGGGGAAAUGUAUUUAAACGACCGUGAAAGAUUCGAGGAAGUGGCAAGAGCCUGGACUUGGAGAUACGCGAUGCACGACAUUAUGUCACCUUCCUUGUUUUAAAGUGAUCAAGUGAACUAUGAAUUCAAAUUUGCAUUAUCAGUAUCAGUCGAUUUGCUAAUGAGUUCAUCCACAAAACAGCUUGGUAAAUAAUCAUGCGUCUAAUGAUUUCUUGGUACACGCAGGAUUUCCGUAACCUUCGUAAAGAAGCAAUUACUUUAAUCCAAUAGUAUUUUAUGGUAGAAAAAGUUUGAUGUGAUUAUCAACGAAAUAUUUUCUAUUACGCGAGAAAAUCAUUGAUCGCGUGAAAUCAUAGAUUUGCUGAAGAAAAUAUAUUUACGACACAAUAGUCGAGAAUUCACGCUAUAAACAAAAGUCAUAAAAUUGCUCAUAUAAAUUUCAUUGAAGAAACUACUGUGUUUAUAAGUAAUCAGUAUAGCCAUUUAACAUCAAUUUGUUAAUUAGUUAGUAGACCUUAAUUGAAUGGUCUCUAAAAAUACAAACAAUGUGAUUCCUAAUUGCCGAGAUAUACAUGAUAAUUCUUAUCAUUUUCUCUGAUAUCUUAGUUAUUGCAAACAUAGAAUUUUGUAUAAAAUUGUAUCGAUUCCGUUUUGGUUCCGGAAGAGCUGAUUGAUAGUUCGGAUAAAGUACGAGGCAUCUUCGAAGAGUUUUCAAAAAGGGUUCAAAGCUGCGAUAUAUUUCCCCUUUAUUGAAUUUCCGGAAACAUUCUGUGAAUUUCUUGUAUAUAAAAAGAUCUGGUAGACAAUUACAGCAAAUAAAUUUCUGUGGAAGAUCUGUCAUUCUCACUUUCCACAAAUGAAUUAGUUGUGUAGAUCCUUACACUUCUUCAACUUUAUGAUUUUCGUAUGUGAAAAUAAACUUUUCAUGGAUUUUUAUAGCCAUUGAUUUCUAUUAAUUUCUUCUUCUAAGAGCUUCCUGAGGAACUGCGAUUCCUUCUUUAUUCGAAUUAAAAUCCUUAAACGUGAUUAGAAUUACAUUGUGAUAAUCGUGCGUAAACAAUGUGAGCUUACGUGUCGAAGAUCAAAGCAAUGAUUAUUAUCAGAUUAAUAAGUCUCAUUUUAAUAUACAAUCGUCCGACUGAAGUAACUUUUAUUAAUAACAAGUAAUCGCAAGAUGAUGACAGCAAACUAAAUUUUAAACUUAUCGUCGACUCGGAAUUACUCACAUCAUCGCAGCUAUGCAAUCAUGUAUAAGAGAGACAUGUAUUAAUAAAUGUUGAGAGACCAGAAAUCAUAGAAGUUCACGCACUUGUGCAUAUACAUUCAGUCAAUAUAUAUGAUUACGUUA